AAAAAAAAAGUGGCUGCUUGGUCAUAUACCAUUUAGAAGCUGGAACAAAGCAGAGCUGCUCCUCAGUUCGUGGGGUCAUGUCCUAAUUAGACACAUCAUAGGUGACAAUGAUUGCCAGUUGAAAAUACAUCCAGUAUGCCUACCCUACUCCAUACCAUGGUCUAGCUGCCUAAAAUGUACUCAGAAUAGUUGCCUUAGUCUACACCUGGGCAAAACCAUCCAACACAAACCCAUUUUAUGAUGAAUAUCAGAAAACACGAGCACUAAGUGUUUCACGUAACUUUAUGGAUACUGUAAGUCAAAACUAGAAUGAAUGGAUAUGCAUUUGUACCUUCGUGAAAUUGGAAAACUCCUAAAUCCAGCUAUGGUAAGUGGGGGACUUCUGUAGUUGAUUUUUGAUAGCACUUGUUUGGCUGGGAGCAGUAGCCUGCUCAGGAUGCAUAUAAGACAGGUGUGUUAUUUAUUAUUAUUAUUAUUAUUUUUUUGUACUGGGGAUCGAACUCAGGGGCACCCGACCACUGAGCCACAUCCCCUGUCCUAUUUUGUAUUUUAUUUAGAGACAAGGUCUCACUGAGUUGCUUAAUGCCUCACUUUUACUGAGGCUGGCUUUGAAUUUGCCAUCCUCCUGCUUCAGCCUCCCAAGCAGCUGGGAUUACAGGCAUUUGCCACUGCACCCGGCAAGUUGUGGUAUUUAUUCUACAAUAAUAUUCUUAGCUACCAGAUGUCCAGGUGGUCAUGUAGGACCCCAAGGCCAACUGGAAGUUAGAGUCCAGCUUGUAUUCACUGUGGCAGCCAGGCAGGAAGGCACACCCUGGUGCUGGCUGCCUAGGGUUCUCUGUCCCCAUGGAGCAGCACCAGGGAGGGCCACAUACCAUAGAGAUGGGAGCAUUUACUCACUGCUUGGACACCUCUUGUCAACAGUAUUUUGCCUCCCUGAGUACAGAGCGAGGCCUGAGAGAGGAAACAGCCUGGGUCAGAGGAGGAAAACCCUGUAGCCCAGGGCCCACCAUGUAGCAACUGGGCUAGGGAUGCAGGUGUGUGGGGGCCUGGUGCCAAGGGUAGCUAACUGUGGCAUGCCAGGCUGGGUGUGGGAACUGCUCUGCCCCAGAGCCCACCAGCAGCAAGGCUCACAGAAUCCAGGGUUGGGCCUGGAGUAGAUUCUCUGCAUAGAUUAGUUUGGCUAAAGCGUUGAACCCCCAGGAAGGAGCACUGCAUUGCUGCCCAUGCCCUGUAGAUGUAGCAUCCUGGCUCCGGUGCCGCUCUGCUGCCCAGCGUCCCCAGGUUGCGACUUCUCUGGCUGACUGUGUUUCUCCCGCCAGCCACCCGUGGGACACGGUGAUCAAGGCAGCCAUGCGGAAGUACCCGAACCCGAUGAACCCGUGCGUGGUGGGCGUGGACGUGCUGGAGCGCCGCGUGGAUGGCCAUGGGCGGCUGCACAGCCUGCGCCUGCUCAGCACCGAGUGGGGGCUGCCCAGCCUCGUGCGCGCGAUUUUGGGGACCAGUAGGACUUUGACAUACAUCAAAGAGCAUUCUGUUGUGGAUCCAGUGGAAAAGAAAAUGGAACUUUGUUCCAGCAAUAUCACACUCACAAAUUUGGUGUCAGUGAAUGAGAGGUUGGUGUACACACCUCACCCGGAGAACCCUGGAAAGACUGUGCUCACACAGGAAGCCAUCAUCACCGUGAAGGGGAUUAACCUUGGCAGCUAUCUGGAAAGUCUCAUGGCAAACACGAUAUCAUCCAAUGCUAAGAAGGGAUGGGCUGCUAUUGAGUGGAUAAUCGAACAUUCUGAAAGCGCUGUGAGCUAA